AUGCGCCGACGAGCAGCCACCGCUCUCCAACUCAAAUCGCUCUCCCUUCUGUUAUCUGGUCGGCUCAGAUACUCGACGAGUCUACCCAAGUCAGCUCAAUCAAGGGAUUUCCAUUCCUCGCUGUCUUCCUGCUCCGAAGCCCUCAAACUCUCUGCUCGAACGGGUUCUCUUCUUCAAGGAACUCAAGCACACGCGAGGGCAGUGAAGUUGGGAAUAUGCAGCGUUCUGUCUCUGCAAAACCACCUCUUGAAUUUUUACCUGAAGUGUAAAAGCCUGGAUGAUGAUGGUCACCAGCUGUUCGACGAAAUGCCUGUGAAAAAUGUCGUGACAUGGAACACGAUGAUCUGUGGGGUCGUUCGCGGCAGCGGAGACGGCUUGAGUGUGUCUGCCUGCUUCGCGUACUUGAGGAGGAUGUUGAUCGAGAGCUUCCCUGUGGAUUCAAUAACGCUCAACGCGUUGCUCGGUGCUUGCGUUGAGCUUGAUGUAAUGGAGACAGGGAGACAGUUGCAUUGUUUCGUGGUCAAAUUAGGGUUUGAGUUCGAUUGUUUCGCUGUUAGUGCUGUGGUUGAUCUGUAUUCGAAAUUCGGAUUUCCUAAGGAAGCGAGGCGUGCUUUUGACGGGAUAUUGUGCAGAGAUUUGGUGCUGUGGAAUGUGAUGCUGUCUUGCUAUGCCUUGAAUCGCUUGCCAGAAGAUGCCUUCCUGGUCUUCAGCUCCAUGCAAAGGGCGAAUCUGAAUGGGGAUGGUUUCUCGUUUUCUAGUUUGCUGAAUUCCUGUGGGGCUCUAGGAUCUGUUGAGGUAGGAAGACAAGUUCAUGGCCUGAUCAUAAAGUUGUCUUUCGAUUCGGAUGUUCUGGUGGGUAGUGGAGUUAUUGAUAUGUAUGCAAAGAAUGGAUGUCUGGCUGAUUCUCGCAUGGCUUUCGAUGUGAUGCCUGCUAGAAAUGUAGUCUCUUGGAAUACAAUGAUUGUUGGUUAUGGACAGCAUGGAGAAGGAAAUGCAGCUGUGAAGCUUCUGAUGGAAAUGUUGCGGCAGGGGUUCGUCCCAGAUGAAUUAACCAUCUCCAGUGCUAUCAGCUCAUGUAGCUAUGCAUCAUCACCCAUCUCUGAGAUCACCAAAAUCCAUGGGUACGUUAUGAAGAAAGGGUUUCAAUCAUUUCCAUCGGUUCAAGCUUCUUUGAUUGAUGCAUAUUCCAAAAGCGGAAGAAUUGGCUGUGCACUGCUUUGUUUGAGCUCUGUUUCAGAGCCUGACCUGGUCAGUUGGACUGCCCUGGUCCGUGCCUUUGGAUUUCAUAACUUCCCAAGAUAUAGUGUUGAGGUGUUUGAGAAGAUGGUGUCUGGUGGCGUGAGACCGGAUGAAAUUGCAUUUCUUGGGGUGCUUUCUGCUUGCAGUCAUGCAGGGCUAGUGAACGAAGGGAUUCAUUACUUCAAUUUAAUGGUUGAAAAGUAUCAGCUUUGCCCUGGCAUUGAGCACUACUGCUGCCUCGUUGAUCUUCUUGGUCGAGCUGGUUUCUUGGAUGACGCUUUUGAUGCUCUAACGUCGAUGCCAAUUCGUCAGGGAUCAGACGCAUGGGGAGCCUUCGUUGGUGCUUGUAAAACACAUGGGGAUUCAAGGUUGGCUAGAGUAGCAGCAGACAGGCUUUUUGAACUGGAGCCGAAUGAGCCAGCAAGCUAUACUCUUCUGUCAAACGUAUAUGCUUCUGGAGGUCAGUGGUCUUCUGUUGCGAGGCUACGCAAACUGUUGAACGACAACUGUGAGCAUAAACUUCCGGGGUUUAGCUCGACGGAAUAUGCUGAAAAUAUUACUAAUGCAAGCUUAGAGGAGAAUAUGCACCUGUCACUACCGAGAUUCAGAUCAGAAUCCAUGUAA